AUGCACAUCGUUCAUCUUUUAUCUGGCUUGACAGCCAUAGCAUUUCCAGCACUGGUUGCUGCCGCACCGGCAUCUUCCGAUUUGAGUCCCAGGCAGUCUGACGCCUGUGAAUUCGACUCUGCCACCGCCCCUAACUGCUGGGGCGAAUACUCGCUCGAUACUAACUGGUACGAGGAGGCUCCCGACACGGGCGUCAUCCGCGAGUAUUGGUUUGAAGUCGUGAACAAAACGCUUGCCCCUGAUGGCGUCGAGCGCAUGACCCUGUCUAUUAACGGAUCGAUACCUGGUCCAACAAUCGAGGGUGACUGGGGUGAUACCUUUGUGAUUCAUGUGAAGAACAGCAUGGAGAACAAUGGCACCAGCAUUCACUGGCACGGCAUUCGUCAACUGAACUCUUCUGAGCAAGAUGGUGUGGCCUCCAUCACUCAAUGCCCCGUGGCCCCAGGUGAUAGCAUGACGUACAGAUUCAGAGCCACACAGUACGGAAGCACUUGGUAUCACAGCCACUUCUCCCUUCAGGCUUGGAAUGGCGUAUUUGGUGGUGUUAUCAUCCACGGACCUGCUUCUGCUCCGUAUAAUGAGGAUAAGGGUAUCAUCGCCUUGAGUGACUGGUUCCACCGGACUACCGACCAAUUAUAUGCCACAGCCUCCAGUGGUGCACCACCAACAGCCCAGAAUGGUCUCAUCAACGGUCUCAACGUGUACGACGAGGGCGGCUCACGCUUCGAGACCAACUUUGAGAGUGGCAAGUCAUAUCGUCUUCGUCUCGUGAACACGGCUAUCGACACCAUGUUCCGCUUUGGCAUCGACAACCACACCUUGACGGUUAUUGCAUCGGAUCUAGUGCCCAUUGUCCCAUACGAGACGGAUAUGGUCAACGUUGCCAUCGGCCAACGAUACGAUGUCAUUGUCAAGGCCGACCAGGAACCAGGCAACUACUGGAUGCGCGCCAUCCCCCAGAUCACUUGCACCACCAACGAAAUGACGCUCAACAUCAAGGGCAUAGUAACCUACGACGACCUUGCCGUCGAGGAGCCUGUGACCGAAGCAUGGCCAUACGAUGAUAGCUGUGAAGAUGAGUUGACUUCGAACCUCGUCCCUCACCUUUCCCUUGAUGUCGGUGCGGCCACGUCUGAAACAGUUAUGGACGUUACCCUAGAUAUUGUUGGCGGCUUCUUCAAGUGGAAGCUGAACGACAACACAUUCCUCUCGGACUGGGGCGAGCCUACCCUUGAGAAAGUCUUGACUCCUGGUGCUGUCUUCACUGAGCAAGAGAAUAUCAUCAACCUUAACGAGACAAACACCUGGACUUACCUCGUCGUUGAGUCGCAGCUUGGUCUGGCACACCCAGUCCACUUGCACGGCCACGACUUCUUCGUCUUGGCUCAGGAACCCAUGGCGACCUUCUCGGAUGACUCGCCGCUGAACCUAUCCAACCCUCCGCGUCGUGAUGUGGCCAUGCUUCCCGCAUUCGGCUACCUGGCCAUUGCCUUCACAAACGACAACCCAGGUGUCUGGCUUGCACACUGCCACAUCGGCUGGCACACAUCCCAGGGUUUCGCGCUGCAGCUCGUCGAGCGCAACUCUGAGAUCGGCGAUAUUACCGACCUGGACUCCCUCCAAGACACCUGCGCCAAAUGGAACGACUACCAAGACACAAACAACGUCGAGCAGGAGGAUUCAGGCGUAUAAAUCGCCAUCGUCCGACAGGAAGAGUUUGCGCUGUCAGGCCCUUGGAAAGAAUUUCACACUCCCUUUUUUGUCUUGUCGUCGCAGAAUAUAGAAGGUUGUUGGCGUUGGGGCGUUUUCUCGGACACUUCAGCCCCACUCUUUUCAAUCGUUCCCAUCCGAAGCCUUCCGAAUCGCCUUCGUUUGAAACUUAAGCCGGGUCGCUUCGCUCGUUAUCCCCCCCUCGUUCUCGAAAUGCGGAUACGCACGACGACAUUCCUUGAUCUACUCUCGUGGUAUUGAUAAACGGUCGCUCACUCGAUGCCCUCAGUCGUUCGGCGGUCACUCAGACCGAACCAUCAUCCAUCCAUUCAUUCAUUCCGAAACCAUCGUACCCAUCAUUGCAUUCAUUCGGAAUUUUGUUCUUCUUCGUGCCAUUUGCCAGAGCACUACCAGCAUUGCCAUUCUUUGAUAUGUAGCGGGCGCCUUGGAAGAUUGGAUAUCGAUCGGGCGUCGGUCACUUAAGUAGCAUAUAGCAAGCGGUUGCGUCAAUUAAGGGUGCAUAAGCAUGGGAAGCGGGAGUAAAGAGUCAAUAGGAGCAUAUUCUGGGAGGGAUAUGGGUUUUGUUUGGAAGAGAUGUGAAGCAAGCGGUUUCAGCACAGUAACGUUAGUUUCUUGUUCUAUAUUUAAAUUCUGGGAUUAUACUGCAGCAGACCAUUUGAGAUUUAUAUUCUUUGAU